CGUCACUGUCACUUUCGUCCACUUAUCAAAAUCUUCCGUUUUUUGCACCACUUUUUCUACAAACCACAGCUUCACAAGGAUGUGAUCUUGAAAAACAAGCGUAUUAAUCGAAACCCAAACUUGCGCAACGACGGAAACGUCAAGCGUGGUAAAUCAAGAAUAGCAUGAAACCACUGUCGAGAAUUGCGAUUUUGCGCUGGGUAAAGUAAUGAUACCAAUAAGUGUGCAGUUGCUCUUGCUUGGAAAUUUUUUGUUUCAUUUAGGUUCGGGGUUGAUGGUACCGAUUCUUUCGAACCACGUUGUGAACUGUGGUGGUACCCAGAUUCUCUUGGGUGUGAUUUUCUCGUCGAUGUAUGUGUGCAACUCACUGUCCAGACACUUUGUGAGAUUGUUUUCGCUACCGAGACACCUAUCCAUUCUUUUUUGUUGUUUCUGCUCACUUGUGGCCAAUGUAGUACUGAUUUUUGUUCACUACCCGAAGAUAAUAUGGUUGGAUCGGUGCUUAUACGGCAUCACCAACCAAGUCAGUUGGUUCUCUAAAGAAUACGUCGCACGAAUGGAGAUCGAGUACGUGAAAUUUUCCAACUUCCUCAACGUAGCCAAAGUUUGGGGAUUGGUACUCGGUACGCUUUCCAGUGGCCACAUUUACGACACUCAAGGGUUCACCACGCUUUCAACAACGACAGCAGUUUUGACUUUCCUGAGCUUCGUCGUUUUUCUAUUCGUGGAACCCGACCCUCCUAGUACUCGAAGACCCCCAAAACGCCUGCUGUUGCUACCAGGGGUCAUUUACAACAGACUAGUCAAUUUGUCGCACGCCAAUUUAAGCUAUCGAAUCCACCUCGUCAUUUUUUUGGUGGCUUUCGAUCUCGCUUUCACGCUUUUGUUGUCGCGGUUUGUUUUUAUAUUAAGAUCGAUGUAUCGGGUCGGUACUGUCAUCCUAGGGUACUACGUGGGGUGCCAGUACAUGGUGAAGUUCAUAUGUGAGGUUUUUUUACCGUACCUUUUAAAACCGGUGAAGGACAGGCAGAGUUUGUUUCGUGUCACCGCGGUCAUUUGUAGCUCGUGUUUGAGUGGUUUCAAUUUUGCCCCCAGUCUGACUAUUUACAUGUUCAUUUUCCUUUUCUGGCUCGUUUCGUACAGUAUACUGAACAUGCUCAUGGAACAAGACGUUUUCGAGUUGAAACAAGACCCGAGUUUGUACGAAGCAGUGGAAACGCUCAAAGUUAUCGUCAAUAUUCUCGGACCGAUUGGGUUUAGCUUUCUGACUUACAACUACGGCCGUGGAGCUGUGGUUGUUUUACAUGGUUUUGGUGUUGUCAUAUACGUUUACCUUUUGUGUGGGUGGCUCCGAUAA